AGGGAAGGUAAAAAGGUGCUGACCCGUGUCUCAGAGGGUAUGUAAUAAAUCAAGAAAUAACAGAUUCUACUGCUGCUUAUUAAGAGAGAAGGACAUAGAAGAAAAUGAAAAGUUGUAUCCUUGCCCCUUUCAUGCUAAUUAACGCAUUCAGAAGCUGUACCGAAAGGAAUUUAAACUCGUGAUAGUCAUAAGAAAACAGAUCAAAGGAGAAAAAACCAGACCAAGUCAAGGAAAAGAAAGCUGCAUAUGCCUUUCAGUUAACAGAAUACAGGUCUGAAGGAGGUCUGAGCAGGACCAAGCUCACAAAAUGGGCAGAAGAAGUGACCAUCCAUAUGGCAACUAUUUCAGAGGGAGAGGACACACCUAUUUUGCAGCAGAAGAAGCUCUGGGCAUUGGACUUUUCAUUUUGGUGCUGGCAACUUUGCUUGCCUUUGGCUGCUGGUAUUACAAAAGACGGAGUGGCUAUAAAAGUCUGCGGAGCAAAAGCUCUAGUGUGAGAACAGCACGAAACGUUGUAGGUGAGGGAGCAAUACUGGACUGCAAAAUGACUCUGCAGGACUACAGAAACUUUAAUUCUGUGGUACCUGAUGCUCCACCAGCUUAUGACAAAAUUGCUGCAGAUCAGUCACCACCACCUUAUUCACCAUGAUAACAUGAAAUUUUAAACUCUUCAUGCUCCCUCUUAAUUUUCCAU